UUAUGGGUAAUCUCUGUUGCUAUUCGCUGGAUAAUGGCGUCCUCUGAAGUUUACGAAGUUGUGCUUAGCGGCGGAGCUCCUUGGGGUUUUCGUUUGCAGGGAGGCAAGGAAUUUCGAGCACCUUUAAGAAUUGCAAAGGUGACGCCAAACAGUAAAGCUGACACGGCUGGAAUUGUGGAGGGGUUAUUAGUGCGCUCCAUCAAUAAUGUAAACUGUGAAGAUUGGACUCACAGUGAUGCUCUAAAUAGUAUUAAAAAGACUGGGUCCAUGUUGAAAAUGAUCCUUUGUAGAAGACCUAUGCCAUCUCCAGACCCUACUACAACAAACAACAGUUUCUUCUCAUCGUCUUUGUCCAAAUCUAAAGAUGACAUGGACACUGGCAGAACAACUCACAUUAGCAAGGCAAACUUCAAGCCAUCAUCUUCAAAUGAAGUUUUAUCCUAUGCAACAAUGCCAAGAGGGGGAGGGGAUAAAAAGGAUCUAGACUUUAAGAGAUGGAGAAAUGUUGAAGAAAACAAUAAUGAAAAUGCAUUUUCUUCAUACAAAGAUGAUUCAUAUAAUGCAAAUGAAUGGAAUCCAAACAUUAUAUCAGAAGUUGUGAGACCUCCAGAGCAAAUUAAGUUAGUUCAUGGUAUGGAAGGAAUACGAUCUGCAUCCAGCUCCUCAACAUCCUCAGAACCCAGUGCCCAGAUGAGAGCACCAGCAGACCCUAGGGGAUUCACCGAUAAACCACGCCCUAUUGGUAGAGGAGGAAGAAGAUUUGACGGCAGAGAUGGAACUAAUCCACAAUUAACAUCAGGAUCUAUUGGCUCGGAGGACGAGUUCAUGAUGGCUAAUGGUGAUGCAAGUAGUUCGGACUCAGCUCCCUCAGUGGCAAGACCUGCUAUGCAGCAGUUUAAAAAACAAAAAGAACACGCGGCUGUGGAAGCCACGAGAGAGCCCAAACCAAUCAAAGUAGCGCCGCCAACCCGUAUGAAGCCCCCCAAAAAAUACAGUGAAGAACACACACAGUCAGAGACGGGUAACCCCGCGGCAGGACCACAUCGCCCAUCAAUCACAAGGGGUGGAAAGUGGUACAAGGAGAUGUUCAAGGAAAUGCAUUCAAGUGCAGGAACUUCUUCAAAUUUAUCUGGCUUACUUGCAAGUGACGUCGCCAAGGGAACUGUCAGGGAACAUGAAGGUGGCUCUGGUUCCUCGACUCCGCCCAGGAGCGCGUCUCCCUCUCUGGACCAUAGAGACAAUGAUGUUUUUCUCAGAAAGUCAGAUUACAUACACGAAGAACCAGUCAGAAACACAUACACUAGUAGUGUCUCAUCACAACCAGAGCCUGCCUGGUCAAGUGAUGACAUCGACAGAAGGGCUUCUUGGCAGCCAGGUGGAGGAGAACGGAGGACGUCGCGACCCAGUACUGGUCACGUGCCCGCCUGGUACAAAGAUAUGCAGAAAGGAGUGGAAGUUCCAGUUCAAACGAUUGAAGAACCCGAGUCAUACAUCGUUCAAAAGAGGCCAUCUUAUGCGAGCGUCGGAGAAGAAAGAAGAUUCCAAGACCCUGUACCUGCAUCGCCCGCCUCAGUGAAUAUUUCGUCUUCUCCACGUACAAGUUACUUAGAUCAGCGGAGAUCUCCAGCAUCUGUGACUGUUCAAAUGGAAGAAAAGAACCAACCUCCCAGCGCGUCUAGUUUGUAUGAGAGUCGCUUCCGAGGAAGAACGGUUCCCCAGGUUUCGGCAGAGUCACAGGUCAGGCCGCGGUCUCCUCCUGACGAAGAAGCCUUUCGAAGAAGAGAAGAGGAAGCAGCGCGCAGAAGAAGAGAGGAAGAAGAACGGAGACGAAGAGAAGAGGAAGAAGUUAGACGGAGACAAGAAGAGGAGGAAAGGUUCAGAAGACGGAAGGAGGAGGAAGAAGAACGACUGAGAAGAGAGUACGAGACAGAGAUGGCUAGGAAGAGAAAGGAGGACGAGGAGUCUGCCAGGAGGGAAGCAAAUAAACCCCAAUUCUUAGCCAGGGCUUUGUACAGUUUCCAGGGGCAAACUGAGAAGGAGCUUUCGUUUAGGAAAGGUGACAUAAUCAACGUGAGAAGACAAGUGGACAAGAACUGGAUUGACGGAGAACUAAAUGGCAGGCGGGGAAUCUUCCCUCAAAAUUAUGUCGAGAUCAGACCCGUUGAAGAGGAAGAAGACGGACCAGAACCAGAACCAGUCCCAGUCCCUCAGAAGCAAAUUCCGCGCGUCCAAGUUGUACAACAACGCGCACAGCCGCAGCAGCAGCAACAGCCUCCAGCUUACUCUCAACCGCAGACCCAGGCUCAACCGCGGCCACCCAGUCAACACGUGACACAGUCUGUGACUGUGGAAGGGGAGGGUCGGUUGAGGUACAACUUUAAGGCAGAAACCACGAGAGAACUUCCCUGUAGUAAGGGAGAUGUCAUCGCUUUAGUGCGGAAAGUUGACGCAAACUGGUACGAAGGAAGAGUCGGUGAUAGGAAAGGAAUUGUACCAUCAAGUUAUUUAGAGGUGUUUAAAGAACCUGAAGUUAAAGUCAUUCGCCAAGAACAAGUGCAACCCGUUCAGUCAGUGCGUGUGGAGCAGGAACCGGAUUUCAGAAGACCAGAACCUAGUUUCGAUCACAGACAACAACAGUCCAGAAGCUCCUCAGGGGCUAUGUAUCCAGGCCAGGCUGCUCCUCCUAAGCAGACGCAAGUAAAGUACAUCGAGGAGCCAGUGGAGCCUCGCUUUAGUUCUGGUGGCGUGGUCGCACAUGCAAUAAUUGACGAGCCAAUCCCAAUAGGGCACGAGCAAGGAGAGAGGUAUCGUGCUUUGUACAGUUACGAACCUAUGAACGAAGACGAGCUUCGUCUUGAAGAAGGCGAUGAAGUACUCGUUCUGGAGAAAUGCGAUGAUGGCUGGUUUGUAGGCACAUCUUCUCGCACGCACUCAUUUGGAACCUUUCCUGGUAACUACGUGGAGAAAAUUCAUUAGUGAUGGAGAAGAUCACCGUCAAGCCGAUGCCUUUACCGCUCUAAUGGGAGCUUUGGCAGAGCCGUAUAUCAAGAUCACGCCCAUGUUGUACAACACCGUAUAGCUAUUCGUCCUAGCUGGAGAAAUGAAAGUUUUGAUGAUCAUGUUACUUUGAAGUUCAUAUGGAUUUUAUAUCUAUUUUGAGAAUAAGUUGCCGAAAGAUGGGUUUAUCCUCCGGUUCUCUUUUUGUCUCGAGAACUGUUUUCUAAUCCAGAUCUAACGACGACUUUGUACAGUGCUUUUGAGACGGAUUCAACAAAAAGUAUAACUACCACCAAGUUUAUCGCAACAUGAGUUUGUCAGACGUUGCACGUUUGCGACACUCGUGUCCUUUUUUUUUUUCUUUUUUUUUCCUUUUAAUUUCCAUGCCCACAAAAAUGAGACUAUUUUAAUCCCAUGUUUAAAUACACAGAAGGAACAAGUAUUUAGGUAAUAUUAUUAAUUAGGAUAGGAAAAAAUGGUUAUAACACUUUUGGAUAAGUAACUGCACACCCACCCCUCCCUUAACCAGAAACAAUCAACCGAUAACAAGCUUGAGAUGAAGUUUGGUUAAUGGGGGAGGAGUAGCUGCGCAAUUUUUCAGAUGCUGGCAUUGAUCCACACUUUUGAACAACUUUCGAUCGACCUAGAAAUGGUGAGGAGCUUGAUUUUUUAUAUUAAUUACUUUCUGUAAUAUGUAUAUCCCUCCUCAGUGCAGAUGUUGUUAACAAAUUAACAGUCCUUGUAUCUUGCUUCAUGUGGCUGGGCUGACAAAUGCUUACUCUCUUCCAAAGCUUUGUCUUCAAAAAGUGAGUAAAGGCCUAGUAACAAGAUUUUUUUUUGUGCCGUUAAGAAUUACAUGAAGCAAGUAUAAGUUGGUUGUAAAAAAAUAAUUUUUCUAGCCUUUUGAGUCUUUAGAGAGGAGAGUUCCAACGCAGACAACUCAAACUAACACCUUACUCUACAAUGUUUAGAUUUGGUGAAAAAAAAAA